UGGUCGCUGUCGGGGCUCCGAACCCAACGCGCCGCUGUCGGUUGAAAAACAAGAGACGCCCUCGGGAGCCAUGAACGUGGAGACCGGCUUGCCCUUCGCGAGCCUGCCUGGCUUGGGCGAGGAUGAGCUACCCGGCUUCAGCGCCGAGGAAUGCCCCGAGGAGCUCCCUGACCUCUCCAAACACUUCAGCUUAGCUGCAGAGGUCCUGAAAAGCAACAGGAACCUCUACCAGCAGAUGCGUACGCAGAAGACCCCGGGCGGCGUUUCUUUCGCCAAGUGCAUCAAGACGGGCAUCGACAACAGGGGCCAUCCAAUGAUCAAGGCGGUAGGUGCUGUGGCCGGCGAUGCGGAUUGCUUCGAGACCUUCAAGCCCUUCUUUGACCAGGUCUUGGUGAUGUGCCAUGGCGAGGAGAGUCUGAGCCGGGCACAUGCCUCCUGCCCGCCACGCAGCAUGGCUUUGGCAUUGGAACUGCCACCGGAGCAGGUGGUGGCCUGUCAUUUGCGUAUCUCCAGGAACCUCAAAGACUUCCCCUUUGCGCCGCAGAUGCAGCGUGCUCAGCGCUCGGAGGUGGAGCAACGGAUCGUGUCCACGCUGCUGGCCAGGGGUGGCAGCUACUUCCCCUUGGUCGGGUCGCGAAGUUACGCGGCCAAACCAAAUGGCAUGGAUUUGUAUGAGGAGAAGAUGCUAUUGGACUCGAACCUCCUCUUCCGUGAGCCUGACAGUCCGGCAGUGCUCUCCAGUGGCACGGGCCGCCAUUGGCCCGAUGGCCGCGGGGUCUUCGUCUUCGCCACCGGCGUGUCUGCAUGGAUCAACGAGGAGGAUCACUUCCGGCUGAUGUUGGAUCGGAAGGAUGGCAACCUGAAGCAGGCCUUGACUGAUGCAGAUGCAGUCCUUGGAGUGCUGGAGUCGGUGCAUGGCUUUGCUCAGUCUGAGCGCUUGGGAUAUUUGACCUCUUCUCCCAUGAACGUGGGCGUAGCGAUGGAUGCCAGCUUUGAACUGAGACUUCCAGAGUUGAUGUCAGCGAAGAAGGAGCUCGUGGAGUGGUGCAAGGCCCGCGACCUCAUCGCGCGUGCGGUCCUGGACGAGCAAGGCCUCCGCGUCGAGGGGCUCUUGGAGGUCUCCCACCGGCGUCGGAUCGGCAUCCGCCCGGAGGAGGUGGUGGCUGAAUUGGUGCAGGAGGCGGCCUUCCUGUGCCGUGCCGAACGUCUGGCUGCUGGAGGGUUAAGUGGUGCGGAGGCGUUGGGCGCCAUACAGCCUCGGGAGCUGACGCCCAUCGGUGUCGAAGACGAGGAGGCGUUGGCCCAAGAUGCCUGGGACAUGUCUGGCGGGCAUAUUGGCAUGCUCAUCUCCAACGCCAUGAUUAUGGAGGAAGUGGAAGCGGCCAAGGUGAAGUUGGCGCAAUCGCUCAUGGCUGGCACCUUGGGAGACCUCCUGACCACGCGUGCCAUGCAGUAUCAGCAGGAGCGGCAGGAGGAGUUUGAGAGACAGAAGGCAGAAGCGGCAGCGAAGAUCCAGGCCAUCCAGAGGGGCCGCCAAGAACGUGCAAAGGCAAAGCCGAAGCCAAAGAAGCAGCAGCAAUUCACCAAGGAGGAGCUGGAAGAACGCAAGAGCCUCUUGCGCGAUGCCCUCGAGGUGGCGCUGAACGAUGGGACCUUGGAGAAGGUGCUGAUGGAGUCUCAAAACCCGCUGGGAGCAGUCGAUCAGUUGCGGCUUCGGGCGCGCGGCGACUUGGAACGGGCUGCUAUGGACGGUCGUUUGGUGGAGGUGCUCAAUGGCAAGCGGCAGGUGGCGCGGCAGGCGGCGGAGGGCCCCGCCGAGUUGCGUCUGCGGGCGCGCGAGCACCUCACAGCAGCGGCCACCGAUGGGCGCUUAGAACAGGUCUUGGAGGCCAAGGAGCGCCAGAAGCAGUUGGAGCAGCAGAAGGCGGAGGCAGCAGCGAAGAUUCAGGCCAUUCAGAGAGGACGUCAGGACCGGGCCAAGGCGAAGGCCAAGCCGAGAGAGCGUGAGGCGGAGGAUUCCGUGCGGGAGCUGCGCGCGCGUGUGGGCGAGCAGCUCGUCGCCGCGGCGGAGGAUGGGCGCCUGGAGGCGGCGCUGCGGGCGAAGCAGGCCUCGCUGGUGGACGAGUUGCGCACGCGCGUGGGACAGCAGCUCUUGGAGGCCGCCGAUGAUGGACGAUUGGAAGAGGCACUCAGCAAGAAGAUGGAGAGCUUGCGCUUCGAUGCUGGUCGACUCCUCCUGUCCGCGGCCGAGGAUGGACGCCUGGAGGACGUCCUGCGGGCGCAGGCCUCGGAGCGCACGGACGCACUCCGGGUGGAAGUGGGGCAGAAGUUGCUUCGGGCCGCGGAAGACGGCAGUUUGGAGCUGAGACUCAAGGCACAGGCCUCCGCUGCGGGCGAGGAGCUUCGCGUGAGAGUGGGGCAGCAGCUGAUGGACGCCGCAGCUGACGGGCGUUUGGAAGAGGCCUUGAGACGUGAGGCAAAACAGCCAAUCCAAGUGGAGCGCAUGGAGAGUGUGCGCCGCAAGGCUGCUGAACGGUUGCUGGCGGCCGCCGAGGAUGGGCGCUUGGAGCGUGCGUUGGCUCAUGAUGAUAUGGAGGCCGUGCGCGUGCGCUUAGCUACCAACCUCCUGGCUGCGGCAGAGGACGGCCGCUUAGGUGUGGCCCUGAGCCACAGGUCAGAUUUGUCGCCCGUGCGCCAGUGUGUGGCUGCGCGGCUCCUGGCGGCCGCAGAGGAUGGGCGCAUGGAGCAAGAGCUGGGGCAGCGGGCUGCGCAGGCUCACAUGGCGCAGGUCCGAGAGAAGGCAGCGGCAUCGUUGCUGAAGGCGGCGGAGGAUGGGCAGAUGGAAGGCUUCCUGAACCGAGGCACUGAUGACCUCAGGAACAAGAUUGUUCCCACGGUCACCACGUUGGAAACUCGAAAGUCAGAGCCGCUUGAGAAGACCAGCAAGGUACCAAAGGAGGGCGCCAGACCGAAGGUAGCGGCACCCUGGUCCGAUGUGGUCACUGAUGAGAUCAAGACCACUGAUCUCAUCACCCAGGCGCAUUUGGCCGCCCAUGGACAGCUGAAGAUCGGCUCCGGGGCGGGGCAACACACUCUCCUGCGCUUCGAGCGGAGGAUCGGCAGCCUCAUGGCGCAGAUCCACCAUGCUGAGCAAGAGAGCCUUAGUAAAAGUGCAGAGGUGGCAAGCCUGGAGGUGGCUCUGCAGGAGGCGAUGAUGGAGCUGCGGCGAACGGACCAGGAGCUCGAAAGCCAAAAACUGCUCAUGAGCAACGAGGACAUGAGGCGGUUGAGACUGGAGGAUCGCCAGAGGCAGCUCAUGGAGCAAUUGGACAAGGAGAACCUCAAAGCGAAACACGCUCAAAUUGAUUGUAUGGGCCGUGGUGCUGCUGCUUUUCCUGAGCUUACCUAGAGCCCUUGGCAGGGAAGUGGUGUUUCUUGUCAAUCU